ACGUUUUUCUCCCAUCCCGAAAUGCUAUGUGGAGUAGCCAGACCCUCCUCCACUCCGCAGUGUGUGGAUGGCCUGGCUAAGCGAGAUUGAAAUAACAGUGCUCCUGUCUCCUGUGACACAUUUCUGUCUGUCAGAGCUGUGCCGUCCGUUCUUUGGAGGAGAGUGGAGCUCUUGUGGGGAGACACAAGGGCACUAAAGAGCCCAACGGCUGGAUGCAGUUUUGUCGACGAGUUCAUUUUUGAGAUAUGAGUCAGCGUCACAAAAUAUUCAAGCUUGCCAGCUAGUGGUGUGUGAUCUGGAGGGAGAGGAAAGGACAGCAGAGAACAUGGAGCUGUCAGAUGGCUUCUUGCUGCAGGUCAACAACGGAGAGCAGUGGUGUAACCGCUGGAAACAUCCCAAUGAUGACUCGGACCGCAGCACCAGCCCCUCGGUGCUGCGCUGUGUUGCCAGCACGUGGAAGGAAGGCCUGCUGAACAGAAAGAGGCCCUUUGUGGGCCGUUGCUGUCACUCCUGUACACCGCAGAGCUGGGACAAACUGUUCAACUCCAGUAUUCCAUCUCUGGGACUGCGCAACGUCAUCUACAUUAAUGAGACACACACCAGACAGCGGGGCUGGCUGGCGCGCAGGUUAAGUUAUGUGCUGUUUGUCAUGGAGAGAGAUGUCAACAAGGACAUGUUCACCAGGAACGUAGUGGACAACGUGCUCAACAACAGCAGAGUGGAGAGUGCUAUUGUGACGGUAGCCACAGAUUUGGAUGCUGCAGCCAGCCAGCCUGGCCAGGAGCACAAAGCCAUCAGUAAAGUCAAGCAGAAAGCCAGGGCCUUCCUUCAGGAGAUGGUGGCCAACAUUUCCCCAUCCUUUAUCAGGCUGACAGGGUGGGUCCUCCUAAGGCUCUUUAAUGGUUUCUUCUGGAGCAUCCAGAUCCACAAGGGCCAGCUGGAAAUGGUCAAGAAAGCUGCUACGGAGCAAAAUGUGCCCAUGGUCUUCCUUCCUGUUCACAAAUCCCACAUUGACUACCUGCUCAUCACCUUGAUCCUGUUCUGUCACAACAUCAAAGCUCCACACAUCGCUGCUGGAAACAACCUAAGCAUCCCUAUCCUCAGCACCCUUAUCCGUAAACUUGGAGGAUUCUUCAUACGACGCAGAAUGGAGGAGACGGGGGAUGGAAAGAAAGACAUUUUGUACAGAUCACUCUUACAUGCAUAUACAGAGGAGUUGUUGCGUCAGCAGCAGUUUUUGGAGGUCUACCUAGAGGGUACCCGCUCCCGCAGCGGUAAGCCGUCUACAGCGCGUGCAGGCAUGCUGUCCAUCGUGGUGGACACAAUGUGCACUGGGUCGAUUGCAGACGUACUGGUGGUGCCAGUUGGCAUCUCUUAUGACCGUAUUCUUGAGGGAAACUACAAUAGCGAGCAGCUGGGCAAACCUAAGAAGAAUGAGAGUUUGUGGGGAAUAGCAUGUGGAGUGUUUAGGAUGCUGAGGAAGAACUACGGUUGCGUCAGAGUUGACUUCAACCAGCCCUUCUCCCUAAAGGAGUACAUGGACUCCCAGAGAAGCCGCCAUAUUCCACCACAAGUGUCCCUGGAGCACACCUUGAUGCCCAUCAUUAUUUCUGCACAACCUGAUGCUCAGCUGUUUGAGAGGCAGGAGGAGGAGGAGGAGGAGGAGGAGCAGCAGCUGAACAGAGAGCUGCCCGAUGACAUCUCAAGGCGACAACUUAUCAACAACCUGGCCAAGCACGUCCUCUUCACGGCUAAUAAGUCAUCAGCGAUCAUGUCUACCCACAUCGUAGCCUGUCUGCUGCUGUACAGACACAGACAGGGGGUGGUGCUGUCCAAGCUGGUGGAAGACUUCUUCAACAUGAAGGAGGAGAUCCUGUCUCGGGACUUUGAUCUGGGCUUUUCGGGGAACUCGGAGGAUGUGGUCAUGCGUGCCCUCCACUUGCUGGGAAACUGCGUCAAUGUGACCAGCAGUUCAAAUCGCAACGGAGAGUUCACCAUCGCACCCAGCCAAACUGUACCAGCUCUUUUCGAGCUCAACUUCUACAGCAAUUGCCUUUUCCAUGUCUUCAUUUCUGAUGCAAUCAUUGCCUGCAGCAUCCUGUCACUGCAGCGAGAGCUGGUAGCAGAAUCCGAGUCUGACCACCCACCCGAUGGUCCGAGUAGCCUCCCUCUCAGUCAGGAGAGACUCAUCCGCAAGGCCGCCGGGCUCUCGCACUUCCUUGUGAAUGAGGUGACAGUGGCACCACCCUGUCAGACUAUUUACCAGGUUUUUCAUGAUGCAGUGACCCGGCUGAUCCAGUAUGGCGUUCUCUACGUAGCAGAGGAGGACCAAGAGGAACUGAGUCCCAGCCCCACAGAGGAACCUUGGCCCAAAAAGUUCCCUGAGCCCCUUUCCUGGAGAAGCGAUGAGGAGGACGAGGACAGUGACUUUGGAGAGGAGCAGAGAGAUCGCUACCUAAAGGUGAGCGUUUCCACAGAGCACCAGGAGUUCUUCGUCUUCCUACAGAGACUUGUCAGCCCGGUGCUGGAGGCCUACAGCGGCGCUGCCAUCUUUGUCCACAGUCUGAGUCAGCCCAUGGCUGAGUCCGACUACACCCAGAGGCUCUUCAGAUACCUGCUCACCCGCACAGAGAGAGGAGUGGCUGCUUAUGGUGAAAGUGCAACUCAUUACCUGGUUAAGAACACCGUGAGGACAUUCAAAGAGCUUGGGGUCCUGAAGCAGAGAAGAGAGAACGAGGUGACAACUCUGGAGCUGAGCAGCACCUUUCUACCUCAGGCCAAUCGGAACAAACUCCUGCAGUACAUCUUAGGUUUCACCCUGCUGUGACCGACAAACCCUUCAGCCCAGCUCAGAUCCCAGGCUCCUUCCAAUAAAGGGCUUCUACUGGUUACUUCUAAACAAUCCCAGGUGCUACUCUGUGGAAAGCUUUACCAGGAAGUGCCUUCACGUAACAGCCGCUAACUGUUAGCUGUUAGCCGGAAGAGACUUGAAGCCAGUCUUCCCUUUUUGUUCCAGUCUAUGACUCCCGGUCUUAGAACUGUGCAGCUGAUAAAACACGUGUAUCAUUCUUUGAAGAGGUACCUCUAGGGAUCAUCUGAUCUUUGUGAACUUUGCCAGUGAAGUCAUGAGGUUUUAAUAUGAUCAACAUUUUAAACGAUCAGAAAAUGUACUCAAGCAGGUUAGUAAAUAAGAAUCACUUUUACAGCAAUCUGAACAAAGCAAGCUGCCUUUCGUCUAUACAAGUUAACAAGCAAAAUAUGCAUUGAAAAUAAUGGUAAACAUAAUCCACAACAAAAGCAUUUUUAUGUUAUACACUCCACAAUCAUACAGUAGAAAACAUGUCAAAAUGUAGUUUGAUGAAAUGCUAAUUUUUAAAACAAAUCCCUGUUCAUAGGCCAGAAGACUCAUGUGUAGUGCAUUCAAAUACAUGCACUCUAGUGUUGUGGAAUUUAAAAAUGUAAUACCUUUUCUAUCUAAUGAACAGUAGAUCAAAUAAGAUUUGUCCCUGCAAAAUGCGUACAUAUCCAAAUUUUCAUUUGCAAAACUAAAUGUCAAAAUCUAAUCCUUUAUAAACAGCUUUGAUCAGUUAUACUUCACACUUCAGCAAAUCAGUUUGGCUGUGCAAAAAUAUCUACGUGGCAAACACAAAAUGUACCUGUUGAAAGUCCAUUGCAGUCAAAGCCUAAAAUCUCAAGCAUCUAUAGUUAAGUGCAUUCAAACCACUAAUAUCUAAGUGCAUUCAGUUACACUUUCGUCAUGGGUUUUGAUGAAAAGUGACUUUGAUCUCUGUGUUUGCGUAACACCUUUUUCACUUCUCAAUGAAUGUUACACAGCACUUAAAGUAGUUAAAUACCAGGCAUUACAUCCACGUACGUUCAAAUGCAACAAGCUCAGAACUCUUUGGUCAUGCCUUUCAGGGAAAGCAGAGAUUUGGGAACGCCACCAUUUUGUCCUGUAUUAUAAACACACUGUAUAAUGAAAGCCGUUCUCAGCGUCACUGCUCUAAUGGUUGGGCAUACUUAAAACAGGAACUGCAUAGUGUGGUAAAAAAUAAAUGGUACAUAUCCACUGUGUAGCUGAUUUAAUGAAAGGUCAUGUGUUUACUUUUAAAUGUAUGAUGACUGAAAAUGAAAUAAUAUUCCUUAACUGUCAGGUUUACCUAUUCUUUAUUGUUGUUGGUUCAAUGCUUCAUUUCAAAGUUUCAGCACCACUGUCUUAAUUCACAAAACACAGUCUGGGAACUUUCCGUAAACACACUUUAAACUACCAGAAAGUAGAUCCUGAUAAUUCCACAAUGCAUGUGUCAAAAAAAAAAAAAAAAUGGUGUCAGGCAGGUUGGGAAUAAAAAUUCUGGUAACCGAAUGUGUUGAUCAUGAAAAUCAAAAACAGACAAACUACCAAAAUAAAACGAGUGAAAUUUAAAAGCUGAUAGUUGAACCUCACUGCACAGUUCAUGUGCAUUUAUCUGCAGAACCUUUCCCAGUUUUUAUUUUUACUAUAAAAUGACAUGAAGGUCUGGUCGUAUGUGUGUUAUACUGAAUCUGAAUACAUUUUGCAUUGAACAUAAAUGUACAACAUCUAAGUUAAUGUUUGUGUAUGAGUGCACACCAACUGAAAAAGUGUGUGUUUGGAAGGGCAGAGUAGGUUUGAUGAAUCUUUGGGAUUAUUAGAAGGAAUGCUAACAAUAUUUUCUCAGAUUGAUAAUGUGAAGACUGUUUGAAUGUUAGAAAUCAACAUUCUUGAUCUGUCAGGGCAAUAAAAUUAAAUACAAAUCGGGUUACUGAUGGUAUACAUUUAAAUUAAUAUUUAUACUGAAAGACUUGUUGACAGUGAUCAACAACACUGCUUGUUACAGUUAAUAUAAAUGCUAUGUUUGCUUUAUUUAAUAUUAGAAACCUGCAUAUUGUCAUGCAAUUUUUCAAAUCUGUGUAAGAAAUAUCCUUGAAAUGAAAACUGAACGACAACCACAGCAUGUUGAAGAACAGAAAAGUAUGUCUUUUAAAUGGCAAUGUGAUCAGUGUGAUUUGAUUUACAUUCAAAGCAUUUCUGAGCCCACAAAUAAGUCCCCAAGCUGAGGAACCCCUCCGCCAAGAUAAAAACCACUCUACAUACUGUACUGCAUGUUUCCUCUGGUCGCCUUUAAUCAUCGACAUUUUAAUGUGAACUCUACUUAACCUGAGAAUUGUAUUUUACAAUAUAGUGUGUGAAUUUUGUUGCCGAGAAAGAUAGUUUGUAUAGGAGCUAAAGUUAAACUUGUUACCUCUUGAAUGUAUCUCAUCUGUCCUCAAAAAGGUCAAUGUGAUAUUGUAGAGUACUCGAUGGAGUCGGUACGGACAUGAUACAGUUUUUAAUGAAAUGUGAUUAUUGUUGAGACUCAUUGCUACUGAAUCUGCAUUAACAACAUCCCUCUACAACUAUGUAACUUUGUAGGAUUUAAAAAAAAAAAAAAAAAAAAAAAAGCCUGUAUCUGGGGAGCAGGUGCCUUUUUAAUGCACUGUAGUGGUCUUUGGUUGUGUUUUUGUGCAUGUUAACAAAAAUGAUUUUGUGUGGAAAUCCAAAAGAACACUGUAGAUUGUAACUUCGAAAAAACAACACGAGCAGAGAACUUGUGGUUACUGUAAGAAGAAUCACCAGCUACUAAAAACAAGUGUCACCUUUUUUGUUGCUUUCUCAGAGCAAAGCACAAUUAGCAUCAUUAGAUUUUGUUUUUAAAUAAAUUAAUGAUAGAUUAACAACA